AUGCCUUCAUCGAUCAAAGCGCUGACAACCGUACUUGUGCCUAUGGCCGUCGACGGCUACCUCGUGCCUCGCGACGUCCUCGCCUUGGAGCUCGUGUGCAAGGAGCUCCGCGGUGUCUUGAUUGAUGCGAGCAGUGCGAUCUGGCAAAGCUUCACGCAGCGCUACGGUGGUCUUCUGGCGGCCGACUCGCGCUCGGAAGCCUCGUUUGAGCUGGUGGGCUUCGCCCAUGUGCAUCCAUUCAAAGUAUUUGCGCUGCGCGACGGCCAUGCCUUUGACUUGGACCCGCGACGGGCCGACGCUCCCGUCGACGGCUGGCGACGCGCGUUCCCGCGAUCGUACACGACGCGCUACGUCCACUUGGAGUCGGCGCAGUGGAGCGUCUUGAACCAAACGUACCGAUGUGCAGUCCUGGGCAUUGGUUUUAGCAAGGGAGCGAUCGAGCUGCGCUUUCACAUAAAUGGCAACCACAGCCUCGGUGGGCUGCAAGAUCCGUGGUACUCAAAGCUACGCAUCGACGACGAGUGCCUCCGACCGACAGACGUGUGGCUCACUGACAUCCAUAGCAAAUGCUCGUACGCAGGCGUCUUGCGCUUCAGCGUCGCCUUGGCGCACGGUCGUGUCAUUCAGUUCACUUACGGUUACAGCGGUUACUCGACCGCUUUUGUCUGCAAGCUCACUGAGAUCUUUUGUCGCCAACACUCCCUCGAGCAUCUCUUGGAGGACUCGUAA